UUUGUCAUCUUGUUUUCCAGGUCAACGAUGCAGUUCUUAGCCUGGUUCAACUUGCUGCUUCUCCUCCCGUGUUUCAGUUCCACCAAAACCUGCUUCCCUGGCUGUCACUGUGAAGUGGAAAGCUUUGGUCUCUUUGACAGCUUUAGCCUGACCAAGGUGGACUGCAGCGGAAUAGGCUCACACAUUGUUCCUGUCCCAAUCCCUCUAGAUACCUCCUACUUGGAUCUGUCCUCAAACAAACUGGAAACAAUCAAUGAAUCAAUGCUAACUGGCCCUGGAUACACCACCCUCGUGAGCCUCGACCUGAGCUACAAUAAAAUUGCCAAGAUUUCCUCCACAACUUUCUCCAGGCUUCGCUAUCUGGAGUCUUUGGAUCUGAGUCAUAACUCUCUGGAAGUCCUUCCAGAGGACUGCUUCUCCAGUUCUCCUUUGGGUGACAUAGAUUUGAGCAAUAACAAGCUUUUGGAUAUAGCGAUAGAUGUUUUUGCUUCAAAGGGUCAAGGAAAACCCUUGAAUGUGGAUCUAUCCAAUAACAUGCUCAGCAAAAUUACAAGGAACCAUGAAAAGAGCGUCCCCAACAUCCAGAACUUAAAUCUUUCUGGAAACAGGCUAACAACUGUGCCAAACCUCCAAGGCAUUCCUCUUCGAUACUUAAAUCUUGAUGGCAACCCACUAGCCAAGAUUGAGAAAGGAGACUUCAAGGGGCUGAAAGGUUUGAUUCAUUUAUCCCUCAGCGGCCUCCAUGACUUUAGAGAGCUAUCUCCUUACAGUUUCAAGGAAUUACCAGCCCUCCAAGUUCUGGAUUUAUCCAACAAUCCCAACCUAAGGUCAUUGACUGCUGAAGUUAUCUUUGGCCUGAACUCUAUACAAGAGCUCAACCUCUCUGGGACCGGCGUGUCCUCCUUGCCAAAGACUGUGCUGAAAUACCUACCUUCUCUCAAAAGCAUCACCUUGAGGAAGAACAUUCAGUGUUUUAAGACCAUCAAAGAAGGACAGUACCACCGACAAAUUGGGCUGACCAAAAAAGAGGUCCUCAGCUGCCACGACAGCCACGGGGCCGUAGCAGCAGCGCCUUACGUUUUGUGAUGAAAGAGAAAGAAAGGGAUGGGGAAGUUGGAGUGGGAGGGUGGGGGGCCGUGGGAGUUUGCACAGGUCUCGGACUGAGCUGGCUUGCAGUGUGCCUUUUGUAAAGCUGUCAAUAAUUUAUAUAUUUGUAUAUGCCAGUACUUGAUUGUUUGUGGGUUUUAUACAUUUGCAAAUCCUCACUUGCAGGCCCCAGAUUCUACCCGGUGUGUUUGGGGCUGCAUAGCUCAAGAACAGUGCUGAUGGACACUGAGGGCCAAGCUGGGUCUUGGGGCAGAAGAGCUGCUGUGGUGCAAAACUCCACGCCCCAGACCGGUCUGCAGGUGCAAAGAUACACCUCUCCAAAAUGCACCCCAAAACCUGCCAACUCCAUAGCUGUUGGCUUCCAAACCCAUUCUUCAUCCCUGUUUUUAAUUAUUAUUCCCCAAGAAGUGCCUUCUGGAUGUUGCCUUCAUUAGCAGCACCCUGUUCCUUGUCAUGCACUUUCAGUCUGAAGAAACAUUUCCAGACAAACCUGAACGCAGCAUGCCCCUAACGUGCUGGUUUUUACAUGAUAUUUGCAUUGAUGUGCAAUGAACACUGAGUAAGUAGAGUUUUCCACUCUUUUCUCCCUGUUUUCCCAUCUCAAUUCUUUGUAUAUCAGAUUACUUUAGGUCCAGCCUUGGCAACCUCCCAUCUCACAUUAGUGAGACAUUGACACAUUGCAAAGGAGGAGAAGCAUCUCACCCAGGAACCAGCUUCCAUCAAGCAAAUUAACUGAGAGACCACAUAGCCAAGCUUUAAAUGAAAAAAACAAUUCCCUCCUUCCUUUCUGGGUAAACUUGGAAGAAAACAUUGACAGUGGUUUUUAUCUCAAUGACUAACCAGCCAAGCAAGCUGUCUCCAGGCUGAUGUUCCCCAGCUGAACUCAACAUCUGCAGCUCAGCUGGGAUCGUGUGAGGCAACUUCCAAAACAUGCCAGGGGAAGAAUUAGCACUGACGCCUGCAACCUUGGAGCAGUCUCCCUAUCACGGGAAGGAUCUUGAGGUAUAUUUUCAUUCCAGUUCUGUGGCUUUUCUUUCUCUCACAUGGCUUCUUGGCUACCAGCUGAGAUCUGAUGAAAAGCUUUGUCCUUGGAUCUUUAUGCAUUUUUCCUUACUCUAAAAUGCUGGCAAAGCAAAGGGGAGUUUCCCUCAUCCCACUUCUUCUCCAGGUCAGGAAGAAGGGAGCAAAGGCAGCACAGUGCUGUACAUGAAGCCUUCAUCCUGCUCAUAGGAGCUCCGCCAAUGGAUAUAUCUAUCCCAAAUCUGCCACUCUCUGUCCUGGGGAUGGGAGGGUAUGUUGUGGAUGGUGAUCCUGCACGGAUCUGUCCAUGGCUUGUUCUCCACACCCAGCCUUGCGUCAGGGUAACCUUAAAGUUUCUGAAACAGGUUGAGGGAAUAAUAGAAUCACAGAAAAUCCCGAGUUGGAAGGGACCAUAAAGAUCAUCAAGUCUGACUCCUGGCUUCACACAGUAUCGCCAAAAAUAAGCCUUAUCCAACCUGAACCUCCCCCAAAGGAGGAAGUCCAUGCAAAGAUGAUGGAGACAUAAACCCAGUCCACAGCCCUCCUUGGGAGUGUUGGGAGGAACUCAAAUUUCAUCUUCACGCCCCCAAAGGCCUUCACAAAUGGAAAGCACAUUGCCCAAAGCAUUUCUCUCCAGCGAUGGUAGAAACCUGCUGAGCCCGUAAAAGCCAGCCACUGCCAGGGGGCUCACCCCAGAUUCAACGUCUUACUUUGAAUAUUUCAAUCCCUCUCACGUGCUUACACCCAUCUCCUUUUUGAUGGUUUGAUGGCAGACCAUAAGGUAGGAUUUUAACCCUUUUCGUCAGUGUUGGGGGGUUUUGCCCCUCUGUUGAGCCUUUGAAAGGUUCGACCAGCCUUCACAUUCAUGAGAAACACAGUAGUUUUCUUAAAAAGGCAAUGGGAAUGCCUGCAGGCAGACAGAGAUCUGGAAGAGAGCAGCAGCCGGGUACAGUGGAAGGAGGGGGCAGUUUGGGAGAAAGGAGGUGGUUUUUAGCAGAUCUUGCCUUUUUAAGAGAAUUCUUUUCUGCUGGCAGAAAAAAAAUGUAAUUUAAAAAAAAAAAUGUUUAAUGUUGUAAGUCUGUACGUAGAUGCAAGGUUACGGGGAUCAUAUACUGUUAGAUUCACCGGCUUUGCACCACUGUGGUAAAUUUAAAACCCAAUGUGACAAUCCAGUUGAAGACUGCAAUAUUUCCUGGUGUAAUCUCAUCUAGCUGCUAGCUGAACAAGUCUUAGCAAAGGCUGGCAAAUACCAUCGCUGUAUUAGUUUGUUUUUUUACAGAACCUCGGCAGCAUUGUAAGGCUUUGUGAUUACUCACAAUAUAAUAAAGUGAUUUGGAGGUGAA